AUGGCGCCUAGACUUCCUCCUCCCCCGCAGCCUAACGAGCCUGAUGCGUCCAACAACGCUAGGUUGUUGGAGACAGUGAUAGACCGCUUACAGCAACAGAACACGACACUGAUGGAACAGAAUGCCACUUUAAUGCAACAAAAUCAGAGUGCCAUGCAGAGUUUGGAAGCUUCACGUGCCAACUCUGAAACUACACAAAGACAACUGAUGGAAAUCUUAGCAGCGACCAGGCAUAAUUCAGGGGCGUCUUCUUCCAACGCUGCCCCGCCUACUGCUGAAUGGAGCUUGGAGAGUUUCCUCCAACACCAUCCGGCUAAGUUCAGUGGGAAGGGUCUCCCAGACGAAGCGGACCAGUGGUUGAGGGACAUGGAGAAGAUCUUCAAUGCCAAACGAUGCCCUGAUGAAAAUAGAUUGGCGUACGCUGAGUAUUUAUUGACUGGAGAAGCGAGCCAUUGGUGGUCGAGCGUGAGAGCUAGUCUCACAGACGCGCAACAACUGAUCACCUGGGAAGUAUUUAGAAACAAGUUUUAUGAAGAAUAUUUCCCUGACAGCGUGCGGUUUGCAAAGGAGGUGGAAUUUCUACAACUGGUUCAGGGGAGUAUGUCCAUCUCGGAGUACACCAAUAAAUUCAAACAUCUCGUCAGAUUCAAUACUAUGGCCACAAGUGAAGUGUGGCAGUGUAGAAAAUUUGAGAACGGAUUGAGAAGCGAUCUCAAGGUAUUAAUUUCCAGUCUAUGUAUCCGGACGUUCCCAGCCAUGGUUGAGAGGGCUAAGGUACUAGAGAAAAAUAUGGCUGAGGCGGAACAACAGAAGAAACAACAGGCGUCAAGAGGACCAGUUCUGUCGAGACCCAAUGUGAAUCGGAACAGGACCCCAUACGCUCGUCCAGCUCAGUCGAGUGGUUCACAAGCUAUGGUAGUUAUUGGACAAGUAAAUCAACACGGGCCGGUCAGAUGUUUUCAGUGCGGAGGACCUCACUUUAGAUCAUCAUGCCCUCAGUUGGUUGGAGGGAAAUAUUGCACUUGUUGUAAAAGAAGCGGUCACCUGGAGAACGAGUGUAAUAUGGGCGGACGUGCAGUGAUGAGACCGCCGAACGCUGGAAGGACUCAGCAAGGAAGAGGUGGUCGAGCCCAAGCUGUGGGGCGUGUGUAUGCGAUCACUGGUGCAUAA